AGGAGAAACACAGACGAUGCUCUCAUUCACCCGUCCAGCUGUUAGAGCCCGUGCUCAGCUCGCCCAGAUCCGUACUUUGGCCGAUGCCGCCACCAAGAAGCACGAUGUUGUUGUCAUCGGUGGUGGUCCGGGUGGUUACGUUGCUGCCAUCAAGGCGGCCCAGUUGGGGUUCGAUACCGCCUGUAUUGAGAAGAGAGGUAGACUCGGUGGUACUUGUUUGAACGUUGGUUGUAUCCCAUCCAAGGCGCUUUUGAACAACUCCCACUUGUACCACCAAAUCCAGCACGACACCAAGAAGCGUGGUAUUGACGUUUCAGGUGUCUCACUCAACGUUGAACAAUUCCAAAAGGCCAAGGCCACUGUUGUCGACCAAUUGACCGGCGGUAUCGAGAUGCUUUUCAAGAAGAACGGUGUCAAGUACUACAAGGGUAACGGUUCCUUUGUUGACGAGAAGACAGUCAAGGUUGAUGCUAUUGAGGGUGGCGAGAAUGCGGUCUUGGAGGCUGAGAACAUCAUCAUUGCCACCGGUUCCGAGGUUACUCCAUUCCCAGGUAUCACCAUCGACGAGGAGCGUAUCGUUUCCUCUACCGGUGCUUUGUCCCUUAAGGAGAUUCCAAAGAAGCUCGCCAUUAUCGGUGGUGGUAUCAUCGGUUUGGAGAUGGGUUCUGUGUACUCCCGUUUGGGUACCGAAGUCACCGUCAUUGAGUUCCAAGAUGCUAUUGGUGCCUCAAUGGAUGGUGAAGUUGCAAAGACCACUCAAAAGUUCUUGCAAAAGCAAGGCAUUAAGUUCAAAUUGGGAACUAAAGUGUUGUCUGGAGAGCGCAAGGGAGACAACGUUCACAUCGAGGUUGAGAACGUGAAGUCUGGUAAGAAGGAACAAUUGGAUGCCGAUGUUCUUCUUGUUGCCAUUGGUAGAAGACCUUACAUUGAAGGUCUCAACGCUGAAGUCUUGGGAUUGGAGGUUGACAAGCGUGGUCGCUUGGUCAUUGACGAUCAAUUCAGAUCAAAGCACGAACACAUUAGAGUUAUUGGUGAUGUUACUUUCGGCCCAAUGCUUGCCCACAAGGCCGAGGAGGAAGGUAUCGCUGCUGUUGAGUAUAUCAAGUUUGGUCAUGGUCACGUCAACUAUGGUAAUAUCCCAUCUGUCAUGUACUCUCACCCAGAAGUUGCUUGGGUCGGUCAAUCCGAAGAGCAAUUGAAGGAGGCUGGUAUCGCUUACAAGGUUGGUAAGUUCCCAUUCAUUGCCAACUCCAGAGCUAAGACAAACUUGGACACCGAAGGUUUCGUCAAGUUCUUGGCCGACGCUGAGACCCAGAGAGUCUUGGGUGUUCACAUCGUUGGUCCAAACGCUGGUGAGAUGAUCGCCGAGGCCGGUUUGGCAUUGGAGUACGGUGCCUCUACAGAGGACAUUGCUAGAGUCUGCCAUGCCCACCCAACUUUGUCAGAGGCCUUCAAGGAAGCUGCUCUUGCUACUUUCGACAAGCCAAUCAACUUUUAAAGAGAUGGAAAAACGUUCUAUUUGAUACAAAUUACGAGAAUACUACGAU